AGUGAUAGGUUAGGAAUUAAAAGCAAUAAUGUUUUUACGUUUUCAGUAACAGAGAACAGAUCGUUUUUUCUAUUAAUACAAUGGAUUAUACUAUUUACAAUGAAAAAAAAUAUUCACCUUGGUCUACAUGUUCACCAGAUAUCAUUAUUUUAAUUUUUAAACGAUUAGAUUAUAAGACCUUGUUAACAUGUUUGUCUGUGUGCAAGUUGUGGAGAGAUGUUGUUGAUUUUAUGGGGCAGAGUCAAGGUGGUGCUUUAUGGCAAAAACUAGCAGAACUUGGCAUGUACAAUAAGGGUAUUACUUUGAAAGAGAAGUCCACACUUAACUGGCGAGGUGUGUACUUCAAUUCCCUUCUGUGGCUGGAUCACAUGGACACCAUUAAUGUGAAACUUGUAAAAAGUAUUAAAAUACAUUGUGUAAGGAAUAUCCAUGUAUAUAAAGAUAAUAUUAUUGUUGUCAGCGUAUCGGAUGUGAAGUUCUACAAUGUUCACACUUUUGAGGUUACAAAAAUUUUACGAAAAUCAUGUACUGAUUAUCAAGAAAGUGAUCACAUUACCGUAGAGCAUAAUGAAAAAUAUCUAUUUGUUCGCUUAAAGCAUAAUUCGACAGCUGUCUCUUUUACAGGACAUAUUUUUAAGCUAAUAAACGAUUGCUGCUACAUAGUAGACGACAAAUGUGUGCUCUGGCGAAUUAUAUGCUGCGAUAAUAAGAAUGAAAUCAAAUCUAUACUACGGAUCCACGGUGGCAGCGAGUCAAUAAUUACCGAUAUUAAUAUUUACGAAAAUGAUGUAUUCGUUUUAUUAAGAAAUGGAAUUAUAUACCGUGGCACCGGCUCAUGCUGGGAUUUCGAGGUAGUCUGCGAUUUGAACACAUCGGAUUUUUACAAGAGCUCCGUGUUUUCUAUGUAUCAAAUGUUCAAUGUUGUUUAUAGCGUGCCUAUGCAAAAUGGUUCAACCUCGGAAUCAGAUGACUUUUCAAAAACCGAUGAAAUAUUGAUGGCGUGUCCGGGUCUGUCUUGUGCAACCCCGCAUGGAGAAAUUUUAUUUCUUGGUUAUGAAGACGGAAAGAUAGUGAUACGAGUCCGAAAGAAGAGUCGUGAAAUUUCACACAUGAAGUUUAAUAUACGGGAUAUCGGCGACAACCCAAUAAUCGAACACGCUGCCAUUGAGGCAAUAGAUGUGUGCGAAGUCAAUGACGCACAUUAUUUAUUUGUUUUAACUAAGUUUAAAAUAUUCAAAGUGAUUUUGACGCAUGCCAACAAUCAUUCUGAAAUCGGAGUAAAUGAAACAUAACUUGAAACGGUUUUAAAUAAAAGGCGUUAAAGUAUGAAGUGGCCGUUUUAAUAGAGCGGCAACUUUGUUUUACUUUGUUUUACUGAGUAUACUCAAGAGUGACAUCUUUUAAUAAUAGUAUAUUUACAUCAGUAUACCAUACUCUAUUCUCGGGAACUGGUAUUCAAUUUCUUAAUGAAGGACAUGGAAUCUAUUGUGAACAGUAUGCCAUGGUUACUGUCUAUUAGCAUUUGAUUUAACUCCUGAUUUAUCAGCUAACUCAUCAGCUCAUUGGAAUCUUAAAAAGCAGAGUAGUGUAAGAUACGUAAUCUACGAUUUGAAUCCUCACUAAUACAAACAAUUAACUGUAUAGUUUACGCUGAGUUUGAUAAUAUUAUUGAAAUAGAUAAAAACAGAAAUUGAUAGAAUCAGGCGUUAAUUUGCGGAAAUCCAUUAUAAUGGGGUUGUUAUAAACUAAUUUGCUUCAUACCGCGUAAAGAAAGAAAAUGAUGUGUCCUGCCCAGUUUUAACGAAACCUUCCACCCUCCCUCAAUCGCGCGCACUAUACCCGUCGCCGUCAAUCCCAGCACUACCACCCCCAGCACCAGCACACUAGGCACGACACACCUUAACAAAACUACCGCUUGCUCAACCUACGGGCGUGGCUUCCCAAUCUACUCGCUAACAAACAAAGCAAGCAACAAAGGAAAAUAAUUUUAUUAUUAC